AUGACUCCCAGCAACAUGAUGAAAAUCCUCGUCAUCAACACCGGCAGUUCCUCCAUCAAGUAUCAGUUAUUCGACAUGACAGCCCACACGGUAUUGGCACAUGGACUCGUCGAGAGAAUUGGAGAAGCUGGAAGUCGUCUAACACAUUAUGACCAAAAGCAUAACAACGCAGAACGCAUCAUUGAAACGGCGAUUCCGAACCAUGAGCGUGGCUUGAGUGAAUUGGUACAAUUGCUACAAGAAGACGCUCGUGAUGGUGAUGAGGAGGAGUCUCCAGUCCAAGCCAUUGGUCAUCGCGUCGUUCAUGGAGGCGAAGCCUUUCAUGAACCAACCUUGAUUGGUGAGAAAGUAAUCCAGGCCAUUGAAGAAUAUAUUCCGUUGGCACCAUUACACAACCCUCCCAAUUUGAUUGGAAUCCGAGCAGCAGCAACCCACUUUCCUGGUAUUCCACAAGUCGCGGUCUUUGAUACCGCCUUUCAUCAAAGCAUACCAGCUCACGCCUAUCGAUAUGCCAUUCCCAAAGAAUACUAUGAAAGUCUCAAGAUUCGUCGUUAUGGUUUCCAUGGAACCUCUCAUCAAUAUGUGGCCCGCCAAGCGGCCAACUUUUUGAAAAAGAAGUCCUUGUCAGAGUUAAAUGCCAUUACCAUUCACUUGGGCAAUGGAUGCAGCAUGACGGCCAUUCAAAAUGGAAAGAGUAUUGAUACUUCCAUGGGAAUGACACCAUUGGAAGGAUUGAUCAUGGGCACACGCUGUGGCGACGUCGAUCCAGCACUUCACGGAUACCUCUUGGCGAAUCAAGAUCAAUCUCAUAUGAAGAGCAUCCAAGAUGUGGACAAGGUCUUAAACAAGGAAAGUGGCCUCAAGGGGUUGACUGGUACCAAUGAUAUGCGAGAUGUCUUUCGACUGAGGGACGAAGGCAACGAAGAUGCAGCCUUGGCCGUGGAAAUGUAUGCCUACCGCAUUAAAAAGUACAUUGGAGCUUACUUUGCAGCGCUUGGUGGAAAGCUGGAUGCCAUUAUCUUUACGGCUGGUGUUGGAGAAAAUGCGGCACCCUUGCGAGAAUUGGCACUCGCCAAUCUAGAACCCUUUGGCAUUGUUGUGGAUGCCGACAAGAAUAAUAGCGCCAGAAAAAUGGAAGGUCCUGUGGUGGAAUUCCAAGCCGCCUCCAGCAAGAUCAACUUGUUUGUGAUUCCUACCAAUGAAGAACUUGAAAUUGCCACCCAAACCGUACAGGUUGUAAACUCUCUUACACCAUAA